AUGCGUCUUGUCUUUAUAUUGAAGAAACUCAAAUUCCUCUUCUCCAAAUCAAGAUGCACGAGAGAAAGUGUAUGUGAUGCAAAGUCGAAAGAAGUAAAUUUGAACAAUAUGAAUGCCUUUGAUGCCCUCCUUCCUCCGAAGCCUCUGACUUUCGAGGAGCGUUGGAGGAGAGUCAUGAACUCCCAUCACAAGCAAGCCUAUCGAAUCAGAGAACAGUCUAACUAUCCCCAAUUGCAACUCGGUUUUCAGAGGACGAAUAAACAAAAUGCAUUGCCAAAUGUAUUGGCUAUAGCUAUUGACUUUGUGCUAUACGAAAUAUUAAUUCCAAUUUAUUUGCAUGUUCUAACGCAUAGUUUGACCUUUCUUAGCAAAUUAUCAACAAUUCGAAUAUUUUUUUAUGGUUCUAAUGAUGCACUCAAUGCACAAAUACAAAUUUUCAUGGUUCUAAUGAUGCAUUCAAUGCACAAUGACAAAGAUUGUAAACAGUUAAAAUUUCUAAUCACGAUAACUGCAGGAUAUCAAUCCAAAGCUGUACUUCCGAAUCGCUAUGCACAACCUCCUGUUGAAGGCACUUCCACAGAUCUCAUGGCCAAUUCGCUUCCCACCUCGGCGACAGCGGUUUUGACAAGAAUUCUCUCGAUGACAUCCAAUAUAAAAACAUGUUUACCUUCGAUUUUUAACUUGCCUACUUCAUGUCAAAGGCUGCACAAAUUUACCAAAGAACAAAUUCAUGCUGCUUCUAAUUUUACCAUGACAGUCGCAAAGUAA